AAAGCAUCUUAUUCCAAUUCUCCGAAUUCCAUUCCAUUUCAAUUUUAAUAUUAGGAUUAGGGAUUUUAUUUUUCUUCAGAAACAAGUUAUCAGUCACACAGAAAUGUUGGAGCAAUCGGUGCUGACAAUAGGAAAUCAAGGGUCAAAAUCAGUGUUAUCAGGGGGAUUCCAAGAUUGGGUGUUUGAGUGCCAUGGCUUUUUCCACAACGCGGUUUUGAUCAUCGCUUCCUUUCUCUUCGUCUUGUUCUUAGCACUCCAAGCCAAACAGAGCUUCCUCAAACUCUCUCAUGGCCGCUCUCACAUCAUCAUCUCCUAUUACGCAUGCCUCUGGCUUGUCAGCAUCCUCAAUCUUAUUUGGUGCUUUUCCCAGGCAUGGGAGUGUUCUCCUGGGAAGGACUUUGCGUGGAACCUGUUGUCCCUUUUUACUACUUCUGGAAUGUUGUUUCUAGAAGUGAGCUUGCUGGCCUUUUUGCUUCAAGGGAAUAGUACUAGUGGCUUAGAAGCGUUGACUAGAACUUUUGGUAUAUCAGGGAUCAUUGUUGGUUUUGAUAUCUUGUUGAAGGCUAUGUAUCUGUUUGCAUUUGGGAUUCCAAUUUUCGUCAACAGCGGUUACCCUACUCCUCACGUGAAGUGGAACUUGUGGGUUGUCCACAAGCUUUUACUCACCCUUGUUUAUGGCUUCAUUUUGUUUAUGUAUCAUUCUAGGUGGAGAGAAAGGUUGCCCGCGAGGCCUGCAUACUACAAGUAUGUUACUAUUAUGUUCAUCUUGAAUGCAAUUGCAUUGUUUGCUUGUGGUAUUACUGGAAAUGGUGCUGCCUUUGGUUUCUGGUUAUACCAUUUCACAGUUGUAUGUUACCAUGCCUUUUAUCUUCCCCUGCUGUAUAUAACAUUUCUGGCAGACUUUUUUCAGGAGGAUGAUUUGCACUUGGAGAAUGUGUACUAUUCUGAAAUGAAAGAUGCUGGUUUCUUCGAAGCAGAUUGGAACUGAUGUGAUAUCAACUGCUAGAUUAGAUUAAUAAGGCCUCAAUGCACUAAUUGCACGGUACUCGUUAACGAAAUAUGUAAAUAAAGAACUAUAUUAGUAAAUCGCAUAAUAUAUAAAUUUUUAUAAAGAAAAUGUUAUUGGCC